AUGGGACCUGUCGACAAAAAUGCUCAGUCAACUUUCACUGCUAUGUGUUUAUCUGUUUCUGAAACUCUUGACUUGUCCAUCAGGCGUUUCUGGGAGCUUGAAGAGUUACCUGUUGUUCGCCAUCUCAGUCCAGAUGAGCGUGCUGCUGAGGAAAUUUAUAAAAAUACAACAACUCGGCUGAGUACAGGACGAUUUAUGGUGUCUCUUCCAUUUCGGAAAGCAUCACCUCUGUUAGGUGAUUCAAAAUCUAUUGCCCUUCGCCGCUUCCAGGCACUCGAAAACCGAUUGAAUAAUGAUCCAACCCUUCAACGCCAGUACGCAGACUUCAUGCAAGAUUACCUGGACGCUGGUCACAUGGAGCUGGUUCCACUCGAAAACACCGACAAUGUGUUUCAUUAUUAUAUUCCACAUCAUUGUGUACUUAGGCCGGACAGUAGCACCACCAAGCUUCGUGUCGUUUUCAAUAAUUCGUCUCGUACAAGUGCUGGGUGUUCCUUGAAUGAGAGCAUGUAUACGGGUCCGAAACUCCAGCCCGACAUACAAAUUGUUCUUCUUCGUGCACGGUUGUGGAAAUAUGUAUUCAUGACAGACAUCAAACAGAUGUAUCGGCAAAUUGUGGUGCGGCCUGCUGAUCGAGAUUACAAGCGAAUUUUCUGGAGAUUUUCGAAACAUACCACAGUGCAGGAAUACCGUCUCUGUACGGUCACUUACGGCACAUCAGCGGCACCAUAUCAAGCUCUUCGUACAAUUCAGGAAUUGGCAAUCGUUGAUGGAAGACUCUUUCCCAUCGCUGCGUCAAUUCUCCUGAACGACACCUUCGUGGAUGAUAUUCUCACUGGAGCUAACACCGAAAAGGAUGCCCUUGAGUAUCAGUCACAACUUAUACAAUUGUGCUCUUUAGCCAAGUUUGAGCUCCGAAAAUGGGCCAGCAAUAACGGUAAUAUCUUACACGCUGUUCCCACAGAAGCUCAAGCAAUGUCUCCAGCACUUCUGUACAAUGACAAAAAUGAAUGUGAAUUAAAAAUACUUGGUUUGAAAUGGGAUCCGAGAGCUGACGUAUUUUCAUUUGAUACAAAACCAUCGGCAACUGACCCGACAAAGCGGUCAGUUCUCUCUGACAUUGCCAGAGUUUUCGAUCCGUUAGGCCUUCUGUCUCCCAUCACGUUCUGGACAAAACACGUCAUGCAGUUGCUCUGGACCGCUGGUCUCAAAUGGGAUGACAAAAUACCCACAGAUCUUGCUCAAUUAUGGACACGAUAUCAAUCAGAACUGAAAUUGAUUGAAUCGAUCUCUAUCCCUCGUCGUAUAACGGUCGAAGAGGCAACCAAAGUGCAACUUCACGCUUUCUCGGAUAGCUCAGAGAAAGGUUACGCGGCGGCAGUUUACCUGCGAACACAAACAGCUACUUCAGCUUAUUGUCACCUUGUAACAGGUAAAUCCAAAGUAGCACCUCUAAAAAAGUCUACUAUCCCACGUCUUGAGCUGUGUGGAGCUGUAUUAGCCGCCAAACUAUUACGUUUCGUAGCUGAUACUUACUCGAAGAGUCUUCAAAUUGAUGAGUUGCAUGCUUGGACGGACUCAACCACUGCGUUAGCCUGGAUACAAUCGUCACCACAUCGUUGGGCCACAUUCGUGGCAAAUCGAACAAGUCAAAUUCAUGAAUUCACCUCACCAGACAUUUGGCAUCACGUCCCCACGCAGUACAAUCCGGUCGACUGUGCUUCCCGUGGACUAUUCCCUUCGGAACUUGUUGAUCACCCGUUGUGGUGGACUGGCCCUGCGUUUCUGGUAGAGUCACCGGAAAAUUGGCCAUCCGUUGUCCCUCGUUCAGACAACACAGAUGCUUAUGUUUCCAUUGAAGCUCAAAAAUGUACUGUUCUCCUAACAAAAACUACAUGCUCAAUUACUGAUCUUCUGCAUCGUUUCUCGUCGUUCGAUAAAAUUCUUCACAUUGUCGCCUACUGUCUUUGUUUCUCGAAAUCACGUCCUUCUGCAUUCACACAAAUUGUCAAUGCGAGUGAACGAGAACGAGCCUUGUUGGGCUUAGUAUAUUCCGUCCAACAAACAUCAUAUUCCGAAGACAUAUUCACGUUAAAAAACGGAUUGCGUUGCUCUCCUGCCAUUCGGAAAUUAGACCCGUUCAUUGAUGAAAACGGACUUCUUAGAGUAGGUGGGCGUCUCACGAAUGCUGAUCUCCCAUACUCUCAUAAACAUCCACUUCUCUUGCCAUGCCAACAUCGACUAACGUUGUUACUCAUUGACUAUCAUCAUCAGUGA